AUGAAGAUCAUGCACGUCAUCAGUCUGGUGGUUGCCAGCUUCGCUGCUGCUUCCUAUGCCACUGCCAUCAACUUUGGUGCUCAUGAGAAGGUGGUUGCAGCCUUGGCAGCUAGAGACAUGUCGAUUGAUGAGAUCCACGAAAUCAUCAACCUCAUGCCACGUCAAGAGCCGGUCACUGUCACUGUUACUCCUGCCGAUUGCACCCCCCCCGGAACUCAGUCUACCAUGACUCCAGCUGUUCCGCUCACCCCUACCACCACUUUGGUCACAGUCACUUCGUCCACCUCUGUCACCACGACUAUUUUCACCACUCCGACCACUGUCAGUAGUGAGACUCCAGUCGAGACCCCAGGUGUUCCAAGCACUACUGCCACUCCAACGGUUGAGACAACUCUGGUUUCUUCUACGACUCCAGUCGAGAGCAGUGUUCCACUUACACCUGUGCCUCACACUCCGACUUUGUCAUCUGAGAGCAGCACUGUCAUCGAGACUACAUCAUCUUCCAGGACUACCUCUGCCAGUGUCUCGACCACUUCCACUUCUGAAACUCAGACGACUGCGACUGCGACUACAACCACUUCCACUGGCAUUCCACAAGCUCCCAACUCAAAUGGCGCUGGAGUUGCCAGUGUGAAUGUCGGGUUGGCAGGAUUGUUGGCAGUGUUGGCUUUGGCCUAA